UCCCCCAAACCCCCCCGGGCCGCCCCGCAUGGAGGACGCCGACUCGGCGGCCAAGCAGCUGGGCUUAGCGGAGGCGGCGGCAGCGGCGGCCGCAGUGGCGGCGGCAGCGGCCGCGGAAGGACCCGAACAACAACAACAACAACAACAGCGGGGGCCGCCACAGCAGCCGCAGCCCGCGGCCUCGGAGGCGAAGGCGGAGCGGCGGCAGGAAGAGGCGGCGCGGGUGACGGCCGUGACGGUGAUGGCGGCGGACGCCCAGCACCUCGAGAUGGCGGCCGGGGCCCUGCCUAGCGCCGACGAGGCCGCCGCCUUCGCAGAAGUCACCACAGUAACAGUAGCUAACGUCGGUGCCUCCGCAGACAAUGUUUUCACCACAUCUGUGGCAAAUGCAGCUUCAAUUUCAGGACAUGUGCUGUCUGGGAGAACAGCCCUCCAAAUUGGGGACAGCUUGAAUACUGAAAAAGCCACUCUCAUAGUCGUUCACACAGACGGCAGCAUUGUAGAAACCACGGGGCUGAAGGGGCCAUCAGCGCCUCUCACACCAGGACCACAAUCUCCUCCCACCCCUUUAACAUCCGUCCAAGAGAAAACUGGAACCAAGUAUAACUGGGACCCAUCUGUGUAUGACAAUGAGCUCCCAGUGAGGUGCCGGAAUAUCAGUGGCAUUCUGUACAAAAACAGACUUGGCUCAGGAGGCCGUGGCAGGUGCAUUAAGCAAGGGGACAACUGGUACAGCCCCACCGAAUUUGAAGCUAUGGCAGGACGAGCCAGCAGCAAAGACUGGAAGAGGAGCAUCCGCUAUGCUGGGAGACCGUUGCAGUGCCUUAUUCACGAUGGAAUUUUAAAUCCUCACGCUGCCUCUUGUACUUGUGCUGCCUGCUGUGAUGACAUGACUCUGAGUGGCCCUGUACGACUAUUUGUACCAUACAAACGGCGAAAAAAAGACAGUGAAAUUUCUGCAAAUACUGUGAAGAAGGAAUCCUCCAAAAAUAUCACUCUGCUUCCUGCCACAGCUGCUACUACAUUCACCGUGACUCCUUCUGGACAGAUCACUACCUCCGGUGCUCUGACCUUUGACCGCACAUCGACAGUGGAAGCCACAGCAAUUAUCUCAGAAAGUCCAUCCCAGGGUGAUGUUUUCACAGGAGCCACUGUUCAAGAUACCAAUGUUCAGCAGCCUUGCCGGGUCAAUCACCCAGAACCUCACUAUCCAAGUUACCAGGACAACUGUCAGAUUUCACCUUUUCCUGAAGCUGCACUGCCAACAUCUCAUCCCAAAAUUGUGUUGACCCCAAUCCCUGCUCUCUCGGUGCCCCCCUCAACCCCCACCAAAGCCAUCUCGCCAUCAGUGGUGAAUGGGCUGGAAGUGACCGAGCAACGAAGCUGGCUGUACUUGGAGGAGAUGGUCAAUUCCCUGCUCAACACCGCCCAGCAACUGAAGUCUCUCAUCGAACAGGCCAAGCAGGCCAGCUCCUCCUUCCGCGAGGCUGCUGUCACGCAAGCGAAAAUUCAAGCUGAUGUGGAGAGGAAAGAGCAAUAUCAGAACCAGUUAUUUCAGCAAACAGAAGAUGUGGACGGGAAAACAGAAAUCAUCAUCAAGCAGUCCUGUGUCAACUGUGGUCGUGAGGCAAUGAACGAGUGCACAGGAUGCCAUAAAGUCAACUACUGCUCCACUUUCUGUCAGCGGAAGGACUGGAAGGAGCACCAGCACAUCUGCGGUGAGUCAACCACAGUGACGGUGCAAGCCGACGAGGUGCAUGUCACAGACAACGUAAUAGAGAAAGUCUCCGUCUGAACAAACCUACCUCAUUAACCUUCCAUGAACAAUGUGGUGCAGCCGGCUGGAUCGGCAACCUUAUGUGAAUUGUCUGUCCUUUACACACAAACUCAUUUUUGAAAGACUUUUUAAUACUGUGAUAGCAUUUGCCUACUCCCGAUCCUAUUCCAAAACUUUGAGUAAUGCGGGAACUGAGAAAACCUGAUCUGGAAAAAGCAAACUGCAGCCUACCAGCUGGGAGCCACCUUCAGCUCGAGGAAGCUUCGACUUUGCCAGACUGAAACCUCCACUGUGUGGAUUACAACAAUCUCGUCAUCUCUCUUGAGAUGGAUUUAAAACAAUUGCUGCAAUGAGAUUUGCCAGUAUUUUGUUUCCCCCGUGCCUCCCUACCUCUUGUUUGAAAAAAAGGAAUGAUCCUUCAUUUGGUUUAUUUAAUUGCCUUGAAAAAGUACAAACUCUUAAUUUGCCUUUGGAAGGACUUUUUUUUUUCCCCGUGUUCCCUCUGUGCUGGGCAAAUUUGGAACACAUUGGAGCUUCUGCACUUGAAUACGAGUGAAAAAUAACAUGUUGUUAAAUAAAAUGCAAUGAAAGCAU